UUUCUGCUCAAAACAGCAGAUGGAUAAUUGAAGCUGGUUGUGUUUGACCGAUGAUUAACUUUCAGGAGACUCAUUGAUCCCAGCAGACCGGAGUCUGUUAGGAUCACGAGCAAGACCUGCUCAAUUUUGAAUCAUCAGACCAACUCCUGGUUUUCUUCUUUCAAUCAUUAAUGUGCUGCAAACUGUCCUCUGCUGCUCCCCACAUCCCCACACUUCCUCCAUCCAUCUUUCCUUCUGUCCUCCCUGUCCCUCUGUCCAUGUGUGCAGCAGCCUUCAGACUUUUUACAGCUCACCUCAGCGGCUGCAGACAGAUCCGUCUCUGAAGGGGAAAGAAGGACUGAGUGGUUAAGGUUAAGGUUGAGUUUUGUCUUGCAUGUUUUGAUAUGAUUGAGCUGAAGCUCCGAUCCUGAACUCUCCCGACCACUCCUGUCCUUCAUCUUCUCGCCAAGAUGGGUUUCACAGACCUGCUUGAGGAGGUGGGGGGUUUUGGCAGGUACCAGUGGAUCCAUGUGACCCUAAUCAGUUUACCGGGUCUGAUGAUGGCGAGUCAGAACCUGCUAAACAACUUUGUUUCAGGAAUCCCAUCCCAUCACUGCAACCCAGCGACCAAUCAGAGCCUGCCCGACCUGGUUCUCACCCUCCAGGUGGAUGAGCAGCAAUUGCUGAAAGUCUUCAUUCCUCCUGAUCCUUCAGGAAAUAGACUUGACCGCUGCAGGAGGUAUGCGGAGCCUCAGUGGCACCUGUUGAACCUAAACAGUUCUGUGAACGUCAGUGAGCUGCAGACUGAAGGAUGUGUGGAUGGAUGGAGAUUCGACCAAUCAGAGUUUUCAGUCACCACUGUCUCCGAGUGGGACCUGGUGUGUUCUCUGCGUCCUCUCAAACAGAUGAUCCAGACCAUCUAUAUGGGUGGAGUUUUAACAGGAGCCAUCAUCUAUGGUGGCCUGUCAGACAGGUUUGGGAGGAAGUCUGUCCUUAUAUGGUCGUAUCUACAGUUGGCAGUGCUAGGAUGCAGCUCCGCCCUCUCUCCUUCAUACACCGUUUACUGCAUCUUCAGGUUUCUGAGCGGGAUGGCCGUGUCUGGAAUCAUCCUCAAUGGAGUCUCUCUCAAGGUAGAGUGGAUCCCUACCAAAACAAGGACACUAGUGGGCACACUCACCUCCUUCUUCUUCACCUUUGGUCAGAUGAUCCUGGCAGGCCUUGCCUAUUGGCUGAGAGACUGGAGGAAGCUUCAGCUGGUCACCUGUGCUCCUCAGUUCAUAUUCUUUGCCUACAGCUGGUGGUAUGCAGAGUCAGCUCGUUGGUUGGUGCUGAACCGCCGGUCUGAGGAGGCCUUAAAGAGUCUCCAUAGAGUCGCUCGCAUCAAUCGGAAACCGGAGAUUAUUAACAAACUGACCUUACAGGUACUUCAAUCUCACAUGAGUAAAGAGAUCGAGUCGAGUCGUUCGUCGUUUACAGCCUUUAAUCUGCUGAAGACCAGCCAGUUAAGACGCAUCUCCAUCUGUCUGAUCGCUGUCUGGUUCUCCACCAGUUUUGCUUACUAUGGUUUGGCAAUGGAUCUGCAGAAGUUUGGGGUAAGUAUUUACCUGAUGCAGAUCAUCUUUGGAGCUGUAGAUAUUCCUGCAAAAUUCUUGGCUCUGGGCAUGCUCAGUUACCUGGGGAGGCGGGUGUCUCAGGUGUCGUGUCUGUUCCUGUCGGCUGUCAUCAUCUUUGCCAACAUCUUUGUCCCCACAGACAUGCAGAGCCUCAGAACCACCCUGGCCUGUUUGGGUAAAGCCUUUACCUCGGCCUCUUUCACCACCGUCUACCUGUACACCGGUGAGCUCUAUCCCACCGUCAUCAGGCAGACGGGAAUGGGAUUUGUCUCCACAAUGUCGAGAAUUGGCAGCAUGGCAGCCCCAGCAGUCCUUAUCCUGGAUGAGGUGUUUCCUGCACUGCCCAGUAUGGUCUAUGGGGGUGCAGCAUUGCUGGCUAGUGGCUUUGCCUGUUUCCUGCCAGAGACACUCAACAAGCCACUGCCUGACACCAUUGAAGAUGUGGAGGAAAACAGGUCUGGAAGAAGCUCCGGCUCCCACUUGAAAGAGGGCAUGUCACUGAAGGAAUGCAUGGUGUCUCCUGAUGACUGGGGCGUGGCCGUGAAGGAAGGUGUAGCUUUAAAAGGACUGAAAGAUAAAGAAGGGGUGGCCUCAAUGCUCUCUAACCAAUCAGAUGAUACUACAUAACAGGGCCAGGACCAGUGAGAACACAACAUCAACCAAUCAGAUACAUUCAGAAUUUAAAUAUUAAAAUUUCAUCUGCCAUAAAUAAACAGGUGAUUGAUUUCAGGUUGAUCAGAAGAAUAUGAGCUAAAAAGAUGAUGAAUGACAUUUAAUGUCUAGUUAUUAAUGUAACACAUUGAUUAUCGAUCACCGAUUCUUAUUUGAAGCACUUAUUGCCAGUCACCAAUAAAAGUAUUGAGAAACUGGA